AGACUUUCGUUUCAAAUAUUCCAUAUUGUUAGGCUUAGAAAGUUGGCUAAAGAUAACUCCAAAGAAAAUUUUCAUGACCAAUCUCUAUCUCUCUUUUUCUCAACAACACUUACACAGUGUAAAGCAACAGAGUAUUUGGGACCAACUAGAGAAUGAAAUCAUUAUAUCUAGAAUUACAGGAACAAGAAGGAGAAUUAAGAGGAAGAAGAUGAAACAACAAGUGGUUAAUAAGGAUUUGUCAUAUAGUUACAUUCAUUCACAUAUCACACUCACAUGUAUUAGUACUACUUCCAUCUGUAAAGUUCUAGUUGACUAUGCUUUGUGGUCCUUCUCAAGCUUCUUGCCUUAUCAAUCAAUCAACUUUUAGCCAAUUUGUUUCUCUAUUUUCACAUCCUUCAUAUCCUCUUUUUUGAAUUCUCUUAAUUUGUUUAGUAGCUAAACCCCAUUUCUUGAUUUGUAGAAUCUUGGUGUUUUGCAUGUCUUGAGUGGCAUUGUUUCUGGUCAUUAAGGUUAAAUACAAUCCAGGAUUUCAUGUUUUCUUUUGCUUCUUGCAUUUGGGUUGGGUUGUAUACUGACAGUUAUGGGCCCUGGAAUCUCAAACUUGCUUUAUGGUAUCUGUUUCUUGGUCUGCCAAUAAGCUCUGCUACAACUUUUGGGCGUUGCCAUACUCAGAAUUUUCCUAGUUUUCAUCCAUAAAAAUUGACAUGACUUUUUAAAACUAAAAAGCAUGUUAUUCAUGCCCUUUUAUCCUUGGAAAUGGCAAUCCAACAGCAUUUGUUUUUCGUGCUGUUGAUUCUUUUCUUUGCUGGACUUGGCCAAUCUUUAAAUGAAGAGGGACUUGUUCUUUUGGAGUUCAGAAAGUCCCUUAAUGACCCUGAUAACAAUCUUGAAAGUUGGAAUUCAUCAGACUUGAGUCCUUGCAAAUGGGAUGGUGUUAAGUGUAGCAAAAAUGAUCAGGUGAUUUCUCUCCAUAUCGAUGGCCGUAACUUAUCUGGUAGUUUAUCUUCAAGUAUUUGUAAACUUCCUUACUUGAAAGCAUUGAAUGUGUCAUCAAAUUUCAUUUCUGGUCAAGUUCCUGAAGAUUUUGCACUAUGUCAAAGUUUGGAGAAACUGGACCUUUGCACCAAUAGGUUCCAUGGGGAGUUUCCCGUCCAAUUAUUCAAUAUCACCUCACUUACACAGUUUUAUUUAUGUGAGAAUUACAUUCAUGGUGAAAUCCCUCAGGAUAUUGGAAACUUGUCACAUCUUGAGGAGCUUGUGAUUUAUAGUAACAAUCUCACCGGAAGGUUACCUGCUACAAUAGGUAAAUUGAAAAGGCUUAGAGUUAUCAGGGCCGGACGAAAUUAUUUGGCUGGCCCUAUCCCUGCAGAAAUCAGUGAAUGUGAAAGUUUACAAGUGCUUGGUGUAGCAGAAAAUAGGCUAGAAGGGUCUUUUCCAAUUGAGCUUCAAAAGCUAAAAAGUCUCACCAACUUAAUUCUUUGGGCUAACUUUUUCUCUGGUGCAAUUCCUCCUGAUAUUGGAAACUUUAGUAAUUUGGAAUUGCUUGCUUUGCAUGAGAAUUCAUUCACUGGAUCACUUCCAAAAGAGAUUGGUAAGUUAACUAAUUUGAGAAGGCUGUACAUUUACACCAAUCAGUUGAAUGGAACAAUUCCAUGGGAAAUGGGAAAUUGUUCAGGUGCAGUUGAGAUUGAUUUAUCCGAAAAUCAGUUAAGUGGAAACAUUCCAAAAAGCUUGGGAAAACUUUCUAACCUGAAGUUGCUUCACCUUUUUGAAAACAGACUACACGGAAAGAUUCCGAAGGGACUUGGAAAGUUGAAGCUGCUUAAGAAGUUGGACUUGUCUAUAAACAAUUUCACAGGUAGAAUUCCAUCAGAGUUUCAGAAUCUUGCAUUCCUGGAGAAUUUACAACUUUUUGACAAUCACCUCAAAGGUCCUAUUCCUCGGUUUAUUGGCCUCAAAAGCAACCUUUCGAUAGUAGACCUGUCCAAGAAUAGUCUUGAAGGAAGAAUACCUGCAAGCCUCUGUCAGUUUCAGAAGUUAACAUUCCUCAGCCUCGGGUCUAACAAGUUGUCGGGCAAUAUCCCUUAUGGCCUAAAAACUUGCAAGUCCCUCGAGCAGCUAAUGCUAGGAGAUAAUCAGCUUACUGGAAGCUUUUCUGUUGAUCUUUGCAAGCUUCAGAACCUUUCAGCUCUUGAGCUUUUUCACAACAGAUUUUCUGGAUUGUUACCUCCAGAGGUAGGCAACCUUAGAAAACUAGAGAGGUUACUUUUGUCACAUAACUAUUUUUUCGGGCAUAUUCCACCUGAUAUUGGAAAACUUGUAAAGCUUGUUGCUUUUAAUGUUUCAUCCAACCGGCUCUCGGGUGAUAUUCCUCAUGAAUUAGGGAAAUGUUUAAGGCUCCAACGGCUUGAUCUUAGCAAGAACUCGUUCAUGGGAAAUCUACCCAAUGAACUUGGCAGGCUAGUGAACCUGGAACUGCUGAAGCUAUCUGAUAAUAAGUUUAGUGGACAGAUACCUGGUGAAUUAGGUGGACUAGUCCGACUUACGGAGUUGGAAAUGGGAGGAAACCUCUUCUCUGGUAGUAUCCCCAUUGAGCUUGGCCACCUUGGAACUCUUCAGAUUGCUCUCAAUCUAAGUCAUAAUGUUCUCAAUGGCUCGAUUCCUAGCAACCUCGGGAACUUGCAGAUGCUUGAAACAUUGUACUUAAAUGACAACCAGCUCAGUGGUGAGAUUCCAACGUCGAUAGGGCAGUUGAUGAGCUUGAUAGAAUGCAAUCUUUCUAACAAUAACCUUGUUGGAUCAGUACCAAACACGCCUGCCUUUAAAAGGAUGGACUCAAGCAACUUUGCUGGAAAUGUUGGGUUAUUCACGUCCAGUUCUAGCCAUCCAGCCCCUUCGAUUGCUCCAAAUUCAAGCUGGUUGAAACACGGUUCUUCUAGAGAAAAAAUAGUUACUGUUGUUUCCGCGACUGUUGGAGUGAUCUCUUUGGUAUUGAUUGUAGUUAUAUGUAGGGUCAUUAGAGGCAAAAAAGCAGCUUUUGUUUCAAUGGAAAAUCAAGUAAAGCCUGAUGUCUUGAAUAAUUAUCACUACUUUCCUCGAAAAGGGUUCACUUACCCGGACCUUGUUGAAGCGACUGGGAAUUUUUCAGACAGCGCGAUCAUAGGAAGGGGAGCUUGUGGGACCGUCUACAGAGCUAAUAUGGCUGGUGGUGAAUUCGUUGCAGUUAAAAAACUGAAGCCACAAGGAGAACUCGCGAGUGUUGAUAGCAGCUUCCAUGCUGAAUUAUCUACUCUUGGUAAGAUAAAUCACAGAAAUAUUGUUAAGCUAUAUGGUUUCUGCUACCAUCAAGAUUGCAAUCUUUUGUUAUAUGAGUACAUGGGAAAUGGAAGCCUUGGUGAAGUACUUCAUGGGAAUAAGAAAGUUAGUUUACUGAAUUGGAAUAGCAGGUACAAAAUUGCCUUAGGAGCUGCUGAGGGUCUAUGCUAUUUGCACCAUGAUUGUAAACCACAUAUCAUUCACAGGGAUAUAAAAUCGAACAAUAUUUUGUUGGACGAAUUUCUUGAGGCACAUGUUGGAGACUUUGGCUUGGCAAAGCUAAUUGACUUCCCUUACUCGAAAUCCAUGUCUGCGGUUGCUGGUUCAUACGGCUACAUUGCCCCUGAAUAUGCAUACACAAUGAAAGUGACAGAGAAAUGCGAUAUCUACAGCUUUGGCGUUGUUUUGCUGGAAUUGAUUACUGGUAGGUCUCCGGUUCAACCCCUUGAUCAGGGAGGCGAUUUGGUGAGUUGGGUGAGGAGAUCAAUUCAUGAAAAAGUGGCAUUAACUGAGCUUUUUGACAAAAGGCUGGAUUUUAGUGCUGAAAGAACAAGUUUAGAGAUGUCUCUAGUUCUCAAGAUUGCUUUGUUCUGCACCAAUACAUCCCCUGCCAAUAGGCCUAGUAUGCGGGAAGUCAUCGCUAUGCUGAUUGAAGCCCGGGAAUCUGUGAGCACUUCGCCACCAUCGCCAACAUCAGAAACUCCUCUGAGCGAGCCUGAUGCUAAUAAAGGUUCUAAGGAACCAUAGACCGAAAAGAAAAUGAACUUGCAGAAGUUGUGCUUCAUCUCUAGCUGCCAAAUUCUAGUAGAGUUAGAAGCAUCUCAUUAUUCAUGUACACAUAACUACCUUGAUACCAUACUUUCCCCCUAAUAAUUAGUUGUCAUUUCUUAUCUAUUUCUCUUCUAGCCACUUCAAUGAUUUGUCUGCACUUUAACUGCCUAAUUGCAUUCAGUUCUUUAGUUACUAAUCAGUUGGUUAUUUCUGAAA